AUGACAAAAUUUUUUAUUUCGUUGGUCAUCAUUGCCACGUUUGCCAUCUACGUUCAACUUGAGGAACUACAAUCACGAGUGCAGCUGGAUAAUGCGAUGCCACAAACAAAGGAUGAAGAGUCACAAAAGGAGCUGGAUGAAGCAUUGACUGAGAUACAUGAAAUAAAUGAGAACAUGAGGACAAAUAACGACAUAAUUCGUGCUAGAGAAGCCAAACAUACUGCAGAAGCCCGCCUAGAAUCAGCGACAAGACAAAAAGAUUCUCGCCAGAAAGAUCUUGAGACGGCUCGCGAAGGAGUAGCCGCUGCACAAAAUGCUCUGGAUGAAGCUGCGCAAAAUGCUCUGGAUAAUGCUGUCAAUGUUCGUGAAGAUGCUGAAGAUGAUCUGGAUGAAGAAUGA